CUUAAAUGGGAUGGUAGGCUACACCACUAGCAAGGACUUUGUUUUGGAAAAUGUAUUUGGAAUUUUCGCUCGCGCUUUUCCUUUUCCUCUUGAGUGUAAAGGUAAGAACUGAAGAAAUGGCAAAAGGCGUUAUUGAGCUAGACUGCAGAGAAAGAUAUCUUGCUGUACAAGUUCAUCUGAACAAUGGCUCUGAGCCACACUUUAAGGCCAUUGAUACCAUAGGUGUCCAUCCGAUAACAAAAGAAUAUGGUCCAGGCUGCGGGUAUACCUAUGAGCUUUUCUGUGAGAUUGGAAUUGCUGAGUUAAAGGCAUCUUAUUUCUCUUGCCAUACAGGAAACCAGGGUGAUGUGGAGUUCACAUUUAACUUCAGUGUGAUCAUGACAGACCAACAUGGAGAGGAGGCGACCUAUGCAGUGUCUAAGGCAUGCACUCUGCCUCUACCCUGGUCUCCUCGAGAGGUUAUCUGUGAAAUGGAUUACAUGGAGGUACAUGUAGAUGGUGCAGUUCCACAUGUGAGCACUGGGGGCACUGUCAUGCAUCAGCAAUGGGAUGAUGGCAUUUCCUCUGCAUACACUCUGGCCUCUUCCGGCUGGCAGCUGAUCUUCCUGAAGGAGGGCCAGACGUCCGCGGACCUUUCCCUCGACGAGGCUCGUGAGCAAGGCUACAGGCUACACUUCACCCCUGGGCGUGUGCUCCUCCGCAUGCCUUAUGGCAAACCCUUGUCUCAUGACUCCCUGGUAAAUGGGGUUCCUGUGGAAGUCGUUCAUGCAGUCCUUUUCUCUAGACAGAGAUGGACUGUUGUCAUAUUUGAUCUGGUGGCUGCAUGUAGUAAAGAUGUGGGAUUCUUUGAUGGAACCAGUCUCCACUGGCAAGUUCCAAUUGUGAUGUUCCCUUUAUCCAGCCACACUGAUUUUGAGACCAAAAAUAUCAGUAUUGGUGUCCAUGGCACACUCUUGGACCCACAGGUGACCGCAGACAGAGGAUAUAGCCUUAGCACUGGCAAAGGAAUGGUUGACAUUGGUAUUCCCUAUGGGGCUGAAGGUGGCCAUCGGCAGAGCUUUGUGCUUAACAAUACUUACUGGGAGUUCUACCUGAUUUACCUCUACUAUGAGGGCGUGUUCAUGGACAGCUUUCACACUGAGAACAGACACCGCCAUACUAAGGUUCUGAUGACUCAAUCACUGCCACACGUCCCCAUCACUAUAAACCAGACGGUCAUUGAGGAGAGGGCGUUCACUCUUUACAUGGGAAAUUUUCCUUCUGAUGUGGUGCUGAUGACUGUGACCCUGAAUGGACAUGAAUUCAACCUUGUUGAGGCAACCCAGCAUGGAUACACCAUUGUGAAGGCUCCGCAUGCCAAUGGAACCCAUGCAUACAUUAUCAAGGUUCCUUUUGAGGAUCCCAUGGUGCUAAAAUCGUAUUUUACAGAGGGUGUUCUGCAAUACCUGCUGUCUGUUAACUUCACUUUUAACAUCAUGCUUCAAGAGAAUUACUUCUUCCAUUUGACUUCUUUGAAAGCUAGGAUCCAUGAUGUCUAUCCUCCCUCGUUCAGUGGACUGUGCCAGGAGCAUGGGAUAGUUUUUAAACUGGCCCAUGAGGAGUUCCAUCACAUGUGGGACAUUACCAUUGGUAACAAUCUUCUUACAGAGCAAUAUGCUGUGAGGCAGGGAUACCUGAUGGCCAAUGACAGCCAGGGAAUUCUCCUAGAUGUGCCCCUAUUCACUCCUGGAUAUCUUUAUGAGGAUAUAAACUUGAACCAGUUCUUUGGCACUUUUGAGAUCCUCUCCAGAGAUGCAAAAACCCUGGAGAUUCAGCAGCACUCAGUCAAGCGUUGUCCCUUCCCAACCACAGAGCUCAUCGAGUGUUCCACAGGAGGGGUCAUGACCGUGGUGGCCAGUGUGGUCAAAUCCAUUCCUAAAGCUGACCCACAGAGGACCACCCUGCUUGACACAACAUGCAAGCCUAAAGAGACUGAUGAGACCAGAGUUCUCUUUGAGUUUGAUCUUACAACAUGUGGAACCAGAAUGAAGGUGAAGAAUGACUUGAUGAUCUUUGAGAACACCAUCAUGUUUGAGCAAGAGCCGUUCCCUAGUCACCGCCCAGUAAUUACAAGAGACACCACCUUCAGAUUGGCUGUCCAGUGUUCCUACCCAGUGGAGGCUGUCAAUAUGGACGUGGCCUUUGCAUCCAGCGUGCCAGGCCGGGGCUCUGUGGGAGAAGCCAGGCCAUACGAGACGGCUCUGGCGAAGCCCAUCAUGCUGCCUGCACCAGAGGCGGUAACCACAGCCAGUGUCCCCAUCACACCCAGGAUAAAGACUCCUCCCACUCAGAGGCCUGCCAAGUUCAUGAGGGUCCACAGCCACCACAGUGCCAAGAGUCAAAGCUCAGAACCAGACUACAGAAGGUACAAAUGGAGGAUGAUCCACUCAUGAGAUGUGAGUGGCAGUAUUCUAUUUCAUAUCAAAUAAAAUACAAACAGAA